GUUGAACACAGAGCUCAGAGCAGAGGGCUCAUCUGUCUGAUGUUUGGAUGUUGUGACUCCACCGCAGAAGAAGAAGAAAACAGUUUAAAGGAUAAAACAGCAGAAGAAGAGUGAUGGGUCAGGCUCGCAGCUCCACCUCUCCUCAGGUGAUCCUGAUGGGUUUGGACUCGGCUGGAAAGUCAACUCUGCUGGCCAAACUGCUGACAGGACAGGUGAUGGACACGUCACCUACUGUCGGAUUCAAUGUGGGCACUUUGGACCUGGACAAGAACACGUCUCUGACUGUCUGGGAUGUCGGAGGACAAAAGAGCAUGAGACCCAACUGGAGGUACUACCUGGACGACUGUAAGGCCCUGGUCUUUGUGGUGGACAGUAGUGAUCCAGGCCGGCUCCCAGAGGCCCAGAAGGCCCUGAAGAGGGUCCUGAGUGAUGAGAAGUUACGACAAGUUCCUCUGAUGGUUCUGGCCAACAAGAAGGACCUGCCCAAUUCCAUGACCAUACGAGAGAUCUCCAAACAGUUGGACCUCCCCAGUUACACCAACCGGUUGUGGGAGAUUCAGGCCUGCAGUGCUCUGAGAGGACUCGGCCUUCAGCAGGCCUUCAUGUCUGUCGCCAAACUCAUCAAGAAGAGCUGAGUGAGGAGGUGGGGGAGGAGAGGAGGAUUAUGAUGAGGAUGGACAAACUGAGGCAAAUGAUGUGAAGGAGAAGAUGAUAAAAACUUUAAAAUUCUCAACAGUUAUUUAUAUUGAAUAAAACGUUACUGACAAAAUAAAAUGUCACCCUUUAAUGAAUAUGAAAAAUAAUAAAAAAUGUUUCUGUCAACGACAUCGAUCAAUCAUGCUGUUUGGAUGUAAACUGACAUGCAAUCUCAGCUUUAAAGAAACAUUUUUCUUCUGUUUUAGCUUUUUUAAACCCUUCAGACUCUACUGUGAUUGAUAUUUAUUAUUUCAGCCAAUGAAUGCUGUUUUACCAUGUGAAUUCUGCCUGGUAACAAAGACUUUAAAAAUCAAUAAAUGUAUAGUUGUGGC